AUGCACCACGAGCUGUUCUUGGCUCUGCUUGGGCACACAGGUGACGUCGUUGAGCGCCGUGCCGACGGCUUCUUCGUUCGCAAAGAGGCUUCAUUCCUGUCACAAGCCCAGCACAGUAUUUUGAACCGCCUGCUUAGCCUAGGUUUCGCCUUCUCGACCUUGGACCAGUUCGUGCGACAGGCGCCCAAAUUCCCGAGUGUUUAUCUCCAGGCUUUAGCGCAGGCUGUGGAGCGGCUGCUGGAUCGCUACGCUGAUGCAAUCGUGGAGCUUGAGGCCAAAACGCUGAGGGCCAGUGCCGUCUUCCCCAUGUCCAACCUCAUGUUCGAGCUCGAAGAGUUUACGGAGAUUCUACCGGAAGUUUGUGGACUGGGGGCGAAAUUACUCGGCGUCGUAUACCAAAGCACCAGCUCUGGAUUCCCCAGAGUACGAAAAUGUAUGCAAGAAUUACUGUAUUCGUGUCAUCGAGUGCUGUUUAAGCAGAUGAUGGCCUGGAUGGUGCAUGGUGAGAUCGUGGACCCGCACAAGGAGUUUUUCUUCACAAUGGACUUGGAGGCUGUCUCAUUGGAUUACUUCCCGACGUCUGUGGCUGAAAGUGUGUUUGUCAUUGGCAAGGCGGUGCACAUCUUGACACGAGCGAACCAGUUCUCCCCACGUGAGGUGCAAGAUGUUGUCAAGACCAUGUCGGAGCUGGCGCGACGGCCUGUAUUUGAUGCUGUAGCAGUCGAACAUGAGGUGGAGAAAGUGCGCCGUCAUGUGGCAAGCAGAUUGCACCAAGAAGUGGUUGUCAAGUCGGACUUUGUAGGCUAUCUUCAUGUCUUGAAAGGCUUCUUCCUGCUAUCACGCGGAGAAGUGUUCCAGACGUUCAUUGAACGUAGCUUCGACAUGAUGCGGUUGAAGCCGACAAUUAAAUCCGAGGAAGAUGUGAACUACGGUCUCUGGCGAGAAGUUGUGUGUGAUUUAAUACCGGAAGACGAAGUGUGGGGACGCGACUUCGACAUGCAGCUCCCACUGCAGACGUUUGCGCUGAAAGUGUUUUCUUCCAGCGAUGAUCUGCUUCUUUUUAACGCAUCACGAGUGGAAAAAAGUGGCUCCGUCUGGUGGCGACAUGCGCAAAUGGAUGGAUAUUCGUUUUCGUCCGAGUUUACGCUGCAAUGGGAACAGAAAGCUUUCUGGAGUGGAAGCCACCGCGCUUCUCUUUUGCUCCGAAAUGAGGGAACUUUAGGUCCUGCUACAUUAGUGAAUGGCUCGUUUGAGCUGGACGACCCUCAUACCGUGUAUGUGAGCGUCGACGUGGCCAUCGAACACCUCCCUGGCAACAUGAACGGAAUGCGUGUGAUGGCUCAAGUAAAACCCUCGUGUGGAGGUGAAAACGGCAUUCAUUCGUCGCCAGUUGUAGAAGUUCCGAUGAUGGACAGCAAUAAUCCAGUGCUUUACGUCCGAAUCCAGUACGCACGUCAAGAAGUCACCGUGACAGCGUCAAAGCAGAUCAUGUACAAGAAAAUGCUGGCUGUGGUUGUCAAUGACGUGCUGAUGGUAGAGACGCAGAUUGAUCUUCAGCAAGUGCUUAGCUUACACGCCGCUAGAGGUGAAUACUGGAUGGGCCUUGGAUUUUCCUCGCUCGUUCGACUUACCGACUGGAGCUUGGACAAAUACUCGGCCAAGACCAGUUGGAGAGAAGGCAGUGGCAUUAAUUUGAAGGAGAACAAUACUGCAGUGACUCCGCGGGAGCUGUGGCACGCGUUGAAUUUGCGCUGCAAUGUGCGUUGGCCAUUGCAACUGCUAGCCACGUCUGAUCUUCUGCGCUCAUACAGCCAUUUAUUCCAGUUUUGCUUUCGAUUGAAGCGAGUAGCACACGCUCUGGAGUUGGCGUGGAAAAGUAACACGCUGCGCUCGAAACACACCACCGGAAAAGGUGCCACGUCUGCUGCUGGUGCACUACGUAUCCGCAUGAGCUUUGUGGUUCGCACUCUGGAGUUGCAUUUCCAGGUGUUUGUGAUUGAAAACAAGUUCAAAAAGUGCGUCGAGCAAAUCGAGAGUGCAGGCGACUUUGACCGGGCCAAGCGAGUGCAUGAGACGUUUGUGGCCGGUGUAGUUAAGAGCUGCUAUGUGCAUACGAAGACUGUGGCAUCCGCACUUGAAGAGUUGCUGGGCUGUUGCUGGCAAUUCGCAGAGUACGUGUUGCAGCUGAAGGACGGCGCGGAGCUCUCGACCGACCGGGUCGCGUUACUGGAUCAGGAAUUCCAUCGUCGGUUCGAGUUCCUCUACAGUGUCUUGCAGAUAUCCGAAGCGCGGGACUUGCUCUUCCUGCUCGAUAGCAACGGUUUUUUUGCGGCCGAGCGAGAACGUAGAAAGCAACAAGAGUAA